UGGAGACCAAUUUACGGACUCGUACGACACCCCUGUGUAAGAAAAUGGUUUAAUCCCAGAGGCAGCGCAGUGAGACACAUCAAUCCUGUGACAGCGUAGAAACUUGAGUUUUAUAGCAAGGAUUUACUGUACAGUGGCUAAUAGAAAGGCUGCACAAUGUCCUUGAAGCCACGGGUGGUGGAUUUCGACGAGACAUGGAACAAAUUACUCACUACAAUCAAGGCAGUUGUGAUGCUUGACUAUGUGGAGAGAGCAACGUGGAAUGACCGUUUCUCUGAUAUUUAUGCCUUGUGUGUUGCAUAUCCUGAGCCUUUAGGUGAAAGAUUAUAUACUGAAACAAAGGUCUUUCUAGAGAAUCAUGUUCGGAAUUUGUACAAGAAAGUCUUGGAAUCGGAAGAGAAGGUUUUAGUGAUGUACCACAGGUAUUGGGAUGAAUACAGCAAAGGGGCAGACUACAUGGACUGCUUGUACAGGUAUCUAAAUACGCAGUUCAUUAAGAAGAACAAACUUACAGAGGCAGACCUUCAGUUCGGCUACGGGGGAGUGGACAUGAAUGAGCCACUCAUGGAAAUCGGCGAGUUGGCGCUUGAUAUGUGGAGGAAGCUAAUGAUUGAGCCUCUUCAAGCCAUUCUGAUCCGGAUGUUGCUGAAUGAAAUAAAAAAUGACCGUUGUGGUGAGAACCCUAACCAGAAAGUGAUCCACGGGGUCAUUAACUCUUUUGUUCACGUGGAGCAAUACAAGAAGAAGUUUCCACUGAAGUUUUAUCAAGAAAUCUUCGAAGGGCAGUUUGUGACAAAAACGGGAGAGUAUUACAAACAGGAAGCUUCAAAUUUACUCCAGGAAUCCAACUGCUCACAGUAUAUGGAGAAGGUUUUGGGGCGGUUGAAAGAUGAAGAGAUGCGAUGUCGGAAGUACCUGCAUCCUAGUUCAUAUGCCAAAGUCAUCAAUGAAUGCCAGCAGAGGAUGGUGGCAGACCAUCUGCAGUUCCUUCACGCAGAAUGUCAGAACAUCAUUCAGCAGGAGAAGCGAGACGACAUGGCCAACAUGUACACACUUUUGCGAGCCGUGUCUAAUGGUUUGCCUCACAUGAUCCAGGAGUUGCAGGUCCAUAUCAACAAUGAGGGCAUCCGAGGCACCAGUAACCUUUCUCUGGAAAAUAUGCCGACCCUAUUUGUGGAGUCAGUGCUAGAAGUUCAUAGUAAAUUUGUUCAGCUCAUUAACACAGUUCUGAAUGGAGACCAGCACUUCAUGAGUGCGCUCGAUAAGGCCUUGACGUCUGUAGUGAACUUUAGGGAGCCCAAGUCCAUCUGUAAAGCCCCAGAACUGCUGGCCAAAUAUUGUGACAAUCUCCUAAAGAAGUCUGCAAAGGGAAUGACUGAGAAUGAAGUGGAGGACAAGCUGACCAGCUUCAUCACUGUUUUUAAGUACAUAGAUGACAAAGACAUCUUUCAAAAGUUUUAUGCCAGAAUGCUAGCAAAGCGGUUAAUACACGGUUUAUCUUUGUCAAUGGACUCAGAAGAAGCCAUGAUCAACAAACUAAAGCAAGCGUGUGGCUACGAGUUCACGAGCAAACUUCACAGAAUGUAUACAGACAUGAGUGUGAGCGCUGACCUCAACAACAAAUUUAACAAUUUUAUCAAGACUGAGGAGACUGUCGUGGACUUGGGUAUCAGCUUCCAGAUAUACGUAUUGCAGGCGGGAGCAUGGCCACUCACGCAGGUCCCCUCUUCCACAUUCGCCAUCCCACAAGAACUGGAAAAGAGUGUCCAGAUGUUUGAGUUGUUCUAUAAUCAGCACUUCAGUGGGAGGAAACUGACCUGGCUACAUUACCUCUGCACGGGUGAAGUCAAGAUGAAUUACCUGUCCAAGCCCUACGUCGCUAUGGUGACCACCUAUCAGAUGGCUGUGCUCCUCGCAUUCAAUAACAGCCAGACGGUGACAUAUAAAGAACUGCAGGAUGGUACCCAGAUGAACGAGAAGGAGCUACAGAAGACCAUCAAGUCUCUGUUGGAUGUGAAGAUGCUCAACCACAACUCAGAAAAGGAGGAGAUUGAUGCUGAAUCCACGUUUUCGCUGAAUAUGUCAUUCGUUAGUAAGAGGACAAAGUUCAAGAUCACGACGUCAAUGCAGAAGGACACCCCACAGGAGAUGGAGCAGACUAGGAGUGCUGUAGACGAGGACCGCAAAAUGUAUUUACAAGCUGCUAUAGUGAGAAUCAUGAAGGCCCGCAAGGUGCUCAGACACAAUGCCCUCAUACAGGAGGUCAUCAAUCAGUCCAAAGCCAGGUUCAACCCCAGUAUCAGUAUGAUCAAGAAGUGCAUAGAAGUGCUCAUUGACAAGCAGUACAUCGAGCGAAGCCAGACCUCUGCAGACGAAUACAGCUAUAUCGCUUAGCGAUGGAGACGGAGAGCCAUACAAAAGCUCGCCUGUGUGACUGUGGCAGAUACAGGACAGGUUUUAAAACAUAAAAGAAACAAUAACAAAACAGACUCACGCAUCCAUUUUUGGGGACUGUCGCCAUCUGCUGGGAGCCCAACAUGGUGACGAAAGCAGGCCUGGAAAGCCAGACAACUUCCCACUCCACGCACCGUCUGAUUUUAAGCUGUUUACAACAUCACCAGUGCCACGCCCAUUAUGUGUGCGUAAAACGACUCAAAGAGAAUGCCUAUAUAUGUAGUUGUUUGUCAGGAAAGAGCAGAAGGACCUCUGAGGUGACUGAAAAAAAACAAUGACUUAAAAGAGUAAGUUGGGGCAUCAGUGAUGCAUUGAUUGCUACGCAUUUUAAAACAGCUGGCUUUCUUUUCUCACGUUUGCAGUUCUUG